UCCACCUCCCAGGAUCCCCAGCGCGGCCACAGCAAGAUGGCGGCGCUCCGCUGAGCGGUGCGGCCCAGCCUCGGGCCUGAGAGGCCGAUUUACCUUUGAACUGACUGCUGUCAAGUUCUUCACAAUGGGAAAAGAGAGGAAGUGUAUUUUGUGUCACAUCACUUACAACUCAAAAACGGAGAUGGACGAACACAUAAAGAGCAUGCUGCACCACAGGGAGCUCGAGAAUUUGAAAGGAAGGGACUGCAAACACGAAUGCCGAAUCUGCAAGGUAACUGUGGUGGGCCUCUCGGCCUACGCCAAGCACAUUUCCAGCCAGCUCCAUAAAGAGAAAGUGGACGCCCAGGAGAGGGAAGAGAACCAGAGAGAUGAUGGCAAAGAUGAGGAAUAUUUCGAUAAGGAGCUUGUUCAACUGAUCCGGCAGCGAAAAGAAGAAAAAGGAAAGAAUGAUACUACAAUACCGUGGAACAGAGCAACAGAAAAUGAUGACAGGCAGCACAGAAGGCCACGAGAAGAUCGACAGGCGUACCCAGAAUCCAUGAGCAAAUAUAAUCCGUCACCAUGGCAUCAUGAGAAAGGAGAGUGCAAUUGGGACUGGGAGUCACGGGAUUAUGGAAACUCCAGAUCGAGCAGUUUUCAAUAUUGCCAUUGGAAGACCAAUCCAGGGGCUCCUUCGAACUGGCACUCAUCAAGGGGAUCUUAUAAUUGGCACUCGAAUGGUUCAGGAGGCGCACCGCAGUGGUAUUCCAAAUACAACUGGCAUCCCAAUGGAUCAGGUGGAGUGUCUGGCUGGCACCCCCAAAGCCAGAGUGGAGCACCCAACUGGAACACCAAUGCCAGCAGCAAAGGGGACAGUCCAUCUCAGUACAUGACCAGUCGUCCGAACCCGAGAUUCCAGCCUUGCGUUUUAAACAACAAGGGGAAAUUGCAUAAGCUGAACAAAAAAGAGACUAAAAGUACAAGAGAUCGGCAUGCCUGGGAGAAAACACAAAGCUGGAGGCGGGCAGCUGACGGCAGAGGAGCAGCGUUGGCGCAGAGGGACUGUGGCGACAGGUGGAACCUGGGUGAUUACACCUUCCAGGGCUACCAUAUGGAUUUCACCAGAGAUGAUGUGCCAAGUGAAGGAAUGCUGAGGUUUGACCAACAGGAGAACAAUCUGAGUAAAGAAGAUCAAAACGGGGGGAAAUGCUUGAGCCCCUCAAGAGAUAAGAGACAUCGGUGGGCCCCUUAUCGAUCUCAUAAAUCUGCAGAGGUGCCUAUGGCCGCCAGGGAUCCCGGGACUAAGUGCAGAGGCAGCGACAAUUCCGGGAAAGGUAGCGCAUCGCAAAAACCGACAGAGCUGGAGAAACAACAUGAGGGCAGCGCAGCCUCCGUCCCUGGGAAGACAAGUGGUGAACUGAGUGGCUGUAAGAGUUCUCUGAAUCAGCGAGCAGGCACGUCUGAGAAUGGAACCCAAGUAAUAGACACAGAGGGCAGUCGGGUUCCUGUCACAAUUCGCACCAAAUCGUUUCCUCCUCCUGAAUUCACACCCUGUGCUUCAAAUUCGCAUUCGAAAGAAAAUAAAUCUUCGUGUAGCACAGAGAGUGGGAAGUGCCUGAGCAAACCUGGUUUAGAAACACGGGGAUGCUCUCUAGUCAGUAAUGCCACACUACAGCCAAACAGCCCACUUAGUGCAUCAGGAGCUCCACUUUCAACACGAUCCAGCCCGAGCCUGACCAUACAAUCUUCACUGGAUGUGCCAAACAGUGCCGGUAAAUACCAGGUGGACAGCAGUUUGAGUGAGGAGCUCAGGCGUGCCAGAGAAGCUUUGAGGUGCAGUCAGACUGAGGCAAUGAAGCACAGCCAGCGGGAAGCUUGUACGGAGUCCGCGGAGAGUAACUGGAAAAAUAGCAACACUAAAACGGCUCGCAAGUCACCCCCAGCAGCGGCUACUGCAGAUCCAAUCAAGCCAGAAGCACAGUUGAGUGGUGAAGAAAUUAGUGAAGAGGACUUUACUGACAUCUCAGAAGAAAUAAAGCAAACUAUUUGUGUAGACCCAGCCAGCAUUUGUUCAGGUCAGGAGCAACUAAGUUCCAAUCCAUUGAAACAGGAUAUGGCUAUGUUAUACUCUCAGAAUGGUGAUGGUGUGAAUUGUGAACUUUCAGCUGCAAAAGGAGCGUGUAAGGCCACCUCAGCUGCAGAAACCAGUGUUCGCUCACCUACUACUUUAUCCUUUGCAAUGAUUGAAACCAAAAGCGAUAAUGAGAUUCAAAGCACUGCCUAUGGCAAGACCAGCGAUAAUUGUUCUUCCGACUCGGAGCUGCAGAACGGAGGGUCUCAAAACUCCAACCAUGUCCUCUCGGAGCUCAACAAACUCGGGCUUCCCACCUCACUACAGAGAGAUCUGACCCGCCACAUCAACGCAAAGUCAAGGCCUGGGACUCACGUCCCUGAACCCAACCUCAACAUUGCCCGCAGAAUUCGCAGCAUCGGGAGCCAAAGAAAGAGUGAAUCAGAAAAGGAAUCAGGCUUAAAACCAACCUUGCGCCAGCUGUUGAACGUGUCGCGGCGUCACGUCAACUGGGAUCAAGUCAUUCAGCAGGUUGCAAAGAAGAAGCAGGAGCUUGGCAAGGGCUUGCCGAGGUUUGGGAUUGAGAUGGUUCCCUCCAUGCAAACUGGGCUGGAAGCCCUGGAGCUGGAUGAGGAUGAAAAUCUAUCCUCUCUGGAAGGUUUUCAAUGGGAAGGGAUCUCCAUUGCUCCAAGUGGGACUAUCCGGAAGCGCAGCCUCUCUGAAAGCAGCGUGGUCACGGAUAGGAGGUCAAUUUAUAGCCUGUUUGGCGAUGAGGUGAAAGACUCCGAGGGGCUCCGAUCCAGUGAAAGUGCUGCCAAUAUUUCGAACGGCCAGCUACCUCCCGUGCCUCCGGAACCGAACUCGCUGGCCUCCCGGGAGAAACCGGCCACCUGCAACAGUCCUGCUUUCCCCAGUCCAGUCCGGUUCGGCGGCAGCAGCAGCGACAACCCUAUGCCUGAUACCAGCACGUCCACCCAGGGGCUUCCCUCCGUGAAGACCGAGCAGGCUUCAAACUCACGCCUUGAGUUUGAAUGUGUUUCCACGACAAACAGUGGCCCAGGGAAGAAGUGCCCCAGCCCCACCAGCGAUGGCCCCAGUGGGCAGAACACUGCUACAGCAGCCCAGAAGGCCAAGGUGUUUGCCCAGCAGAGCUCUUUAGCUGCAGUAUCAGGACCUAAUGCAGCAGAAGGGGCGACUGAUAGCAGCUACACCUCUGGAGGGGAACUCAAUGACGCUCAGACCCUGGGGAAGAAAAGAAGAGCGACAACUGAUGUUCUAUCUCCAGAGGUCCCUUGUUUGGAAAGGAAAAAUAAGAGAAGGAAACUCAAGAGCAAAAGAGAAAGGUGCCAGGUGGACCACUUGCUGAACAUUUCACUGCGGGAGGAUGAGUUGAACAAGGCCCUGCAAGGUUUGGAUGGUAAUCUACUGCAAGCACGUGCUGCACUCCAAGCUGCCUACAUUGAGGUUCAAAAGCUGUUGGUUCUCAAACAACAGAUCACUCUGGAAAUGAGCACAUUGAGGAGCAAGAGAAUUGAAAUCCUUCAAGGACUACAAGAAUCCUAUGAUCCUACCAGGGAGAGACAGCCACUGAGCCUAGCCAUCGAAAGGAGCAGCAGCAGCAGCAGCAAGCUGCAGGUUGGAGUGACUGAGCUCAAUUUCCAGACCCCAUUCUCGUCACCCUUACUGACCAACUCAUUCCCCCGCCCCAGCUCCAUCUCCCAGCCGCGCAACGGCGAAACAGCCCCUGCUCUUCAGACCUCUGUGGAGAAAGCAAUGCCGGACACUUCCAUUAAGCAGGAGCCUGUCUCUCCGAAAGGGACAGAAGAGAAUGCAAAAGACCCCUGGGCGCCGAGCAGUGGUCUUCAUUCUGCCUCAUCGUCACUUACAGGAGCCCAUGGCAAAGGUGAAAUGCGAUCUCUGGGCUUCCCGAUCAUCACGUUGCCACCACCUCUCCAGCACCUCACCGAAGGCCUCUCACCACUGGGCCCUGGGGCAGUGGGUCUACCUGCCGACCACAGCAGAAGUGGGACUGAGGAGGCUCGUGGCAUGGCUCCCCCGGCGUUCAGACUCCAGAGAGGGGCUGAGACCGGGGCGACCCAGCACAGGAAGUCGUUUGCUGUGCCAGAGCAACCCAACCCACCGCCAGCCGGAAAGUGCCGGAAGGAACCCAAGCUUCCUGAGAAAGAUCGGAGGAGCCGGGCGAGCGAGCAGGUGGUCGAGUCGUCUUUCACUCCCUCGGAGGGCAAAGGCGUUAAAAAGAAAAAGAAACUCAGGAAGAAAAAGUCAGCCCGGGUGGAGCAACCGGGCGAGAACAGCGACACCGAGCAAGACAAUGAGCAUUUCCGACCCACCCGCAAACUGAAAAGCAAAAGGACGCUCAAGGGAAAGGUCACAACCUCGACCCCCCAAGAGUCAGAGGGCAUCUCCGCCCCCAGGGAGAAAGGUGGUCCGAAGGGGGAGAGUGAAAUGGCGAGUGCCUCCACGGACAGUGAUUUCUCUGUGGAGCUGGUGGAAAUCCCCAAAGCCCAGCUGGAUGUUGUCGAUGUGGAAUCUGUGGAAUUAGCUAGUGAGCAGCUGAUUCCAAGUCAGUGUCCUACUGACACCCCCAAAGCAGGCUGCAACGAGGUAACUUCGACCAGUGAGAUGGUGACUGGUGUCACCAAGAGUGUGGCUGAGACACAGACUCCUGGGUCAUCAUUGAAAGGAUCAAGGAACACAUCAGAGGUGUCUUCAGAUGGUGCAGAGGACGAUAAUCCCAGUGAAGGAACCUUUGAAGGUCACCGGGCAUCUGUCAAUGCCAUGCAAAUAUACAAUGGCCACCUGUAUACCUGCUCCGCUGAUAAAACCGUGCGCAUCUAUAACCUGAUGAGUCGGAAAUGUGUGGGUCUCUUUGAGGGUCACACCACAAAGGUGAACUGCCUGCUAAUCAUACACAUUCAAGGGAAGACAGCGUGUCUGUAUACGGGAUCCAGUGACCACACUGUACGCUGCUACGAUGUGAAGAGCAAGAUGCACCUGGACCAGUUCACUUUGCCAGACCGUGUGCUGAGCUUGCACAGUCGAUGGCGUAUCUUGUACAUUGGGCUGGCCAAUGGCUCUGUAUAUUCCUUCAGUGUUAAGACCAACAAACAGCUCGAUGUGUUUGACUGUCACGCUCCCCGAGCAGUCAGCUGCUUGGCAACAGCACAGGAGGGAGCCCGCAGACUGCUACUGGUCGGAUCGUACGAUUGUACCAUCAGUGUUCGUGAUGCCAGGAAUGGGUUAUUGCUCAGGACAUUGGACGGUCACACUAAGACUAUCCUGUGCAUGAAGGUGGUGAAUGAUUUGGUUUUCAGUGGUUCCAGCGAUCAGUCUGUACAUGCUCACAACAUCCAUACGGGAGAAUUAGUGCGGAUCUACAAAGGCCAUAACCACGCCGUCACAGUUGUAAACAUCCUGGGAAAGGUGAUGGUGACAGCCUGCUUAGACAAACUAGUGCGAGUUUACGAACUACAGUCACAUGAUCGUUUGCAGGUAUACGGUGGCCACAAGGACAUGUUGAUGUGUAUGGUCAUACACAAGAGCAUGAUCUAUACAGGUUGUUACGAUGGUAGCAUACAGGCUGUGCGAUUGAACUUGAUGCAAAACUAUCGCUGUUGGUGGUCUGGCUGUACUUUGAUUUUUGGUGUUCUCAGUCACCUGAAGCAUCACCUGUUGUCUGAUCACCACAAUCCCUCCUUCCAGACCCUGAAGUGUCGCUGGCGCAACUGUGACGCUUUCUUCUCCGUGAAAAAUGGGUCCAAACAGGAUGUUCCCAAGCACCUUUGUGAGCAUGCUGAGGAGAACAGCCAGUUGGACCCAUGAGAAGAUAUUUGACCUCCCAAAUUGGGAAGCAGUUUAGAAAUCUUUGUGAAAAAGAAUCGUCUUUACACAGUACAUUUCCAUCAUUCCGAAGUGAUAGUCUCUAAAACUUGCUGCAGAUCUUGGAGGAGUCUCGAUGGCUUCACAUCUGGACUAAACCGACCAGCUGCAGGUGUCACAGAUCUGUAUGCCCUGCAACACAAGCUGUGUUGCCUGAAGGGCGAAAGUUGACAGAAUGGGACUUUAAAGGCAUGAAACGAGCAAAGUAGUGGGAGUACCGAUCAACAGUGACUGCUGCGCAAGCUUGUGCACACUGUGUGUGUGUGUGUGUGUGUGCGCGCGCGCGCAUAUGUCUUGGACUGCAUGCAGGUGCGUCUCAGUCUGUGUGCAUGAUUUGGUUUGUGUGUAUGAUUUGGUUUGUGUGUGUAUUUGAGAGUCUGGGUCUGUGAGAGUGCAUGUGUCAAGAGUGUAAUACAGUGGAUUUUGUAACUCAAGUAUACAUUUGUGUGGCAGUUUCCCACAGUUCAAGAGCUGCUGUGUGGAAUCCUUGCUGAUUCCUACAGCCAGUAACUAGUCUGUCAUUUUGAAUACCAUUUAUUUCUUAUUGUUUAUUAAUUUUAUGCCUAUUACCUUGAUAGAGAAUUACAUUCAGAUGAAAAUGUGGUUUCUGAGUCAGGACUAAGUUUUUUUUAAGAAAAUAUCUGGAGUGGAAUUUGUGAGUGUGUUUUGUACGUGUUAGGGAUUGUGAAUGGAUGUAGAUGUUGAUGCUCAGACCAUAUUCUGAGGAAAGUCUCGAUUCAAGUCCAGUCCUGAUGGUGAAAACCAUGGCUGGAGUAGAGACACGUUCUGGUGGGUUUUUUGGUUAAUACUGUGUGAUGCCUGCUACAUAUCACUGCGGUUUUAUUUAUUCUUUGGUUCGAUGAGAUUAUAGUUUGACUGAGUGUGGGGUCACAGUCAGGCCUUGAGCAACAUUGCAGCCUGACCAUGACCGUUUCAUUGGAUUUUUUUUUUUAAGUAAGGCUUUAUUUUCUUCAAGAUUUUAAGCUUAAAAUGUACCAAGCUCAAUAAUUGGAUGAGGUAUCAAGAAAAGAUUCUUUGAAGGAUAGGUUAGCUCAAUGAAACUGUGUACUAUGAGGCUGUGAAUUGUGCAUCCUUUUCACACUCUGUUGGUAACAUAUGGCACCAAUGCUGAGUACUUUGUCCCGUGUGUUGUGAGAGCAGAGAGGCUGCGUUUUGUACCUGCUUUCUGCGGCUACGCGUAAUGUGGCCAUGACUUUUAGUGUGUAUUGUAUACGGCCCCUUGAGGCUGUAUCACAAGUGGCCAUGAGGCUACAUAUUAUGUACACCAUGUAUUGUGCAGCUGCAUAUUGUAUAUGAUUGUGAGACUGCGUCAUGGAUGAAGCUGUGAACUGUCAAGAGUGUGAUCGGAAUGAAUGUUUACAAUAAAUGAUUUUACACUGAUUGGAAACUAUUUCAAGAAUCUGAAUAAAUGUGACUCAGGAUGUAUUUCUGAA